CUAUCUCCAACGCGCCACCAUGUAAUUCGUGAGCGGAUGCCUUCUCUUUCCUUUCUUCCAGUGCGCAGUGUGUGGAAGUCUCUGGUUGCGGCGCUCUUCGGCAUGGCGGUGAUCACCUUGGCUGAGGAUGCCGGUCCAGCGGAGGGAAAAGAGCGACAGCAGCCUGUCGAGAAGGAGCAGCCAGCACCGCUACCGGCGUUUCGAGCGGCAAACGUGGACUUCAACCUAAUCGACUCCACCUUCCAAGAGUGCAGGGCAACCGGGGUGAGCAGACCGAGACGAGAUCAGGAAGCAAAGCACACGCCGGUUGAUUGAUGGCAUCUAUCUCUGUGUUCCAUUUUCGCAGGAGUGCAUACCGUGCGGUGACAUGGAGGGAGAGAUGGCUUACUGUAAGCCACGGCAGGCAGACGACUGCACAGUGUGUGUGUGUGUGUUGCUGCGUUAUUGUUGCGUGUGGCUCUCGGCUCUCUCUGUUGGUCAGGCAAGGGCAAAGAGGAUGAGAUGAAGCAGAAGCAGCCUGUCGAGUGCUCGGUGGCCGAGGGCGACAAGGACCCGCCGCUUCUCACCUUGAGACACUUCUACCGCUCAUGCACCCCGGCACAAGGUGCGCAUACCAUCCAUCCCCCCUCUCCCCCGUGUGCCUUGGAACUGAGCUCAUGUGUUGGCCUGUCCUGCUGCUGCCCAUCAUCAGAUCCCCAGGAGGUGACGCGCCUCAAUCCAGUCGGUCCUCUCACCCUGCGUGACGGCCGGCCUGCAGAGGAGAAAGCCAAGACGAAGGAGAAGCCGAAAGCCGCCAAAGCUGACUCAAAACCAGAGAACAAGGCACCCCCUGCCGACACCGGCAGCAUGGUCGGCGUCCCCGUACCAGAAGAGCAGCAGCCGCCUGUCCAACAAGAGGUGCCAGCGCCUGAGCCAGCCGAGCCAGAGAGCCCAGCCAAGGAAGGGUCGAACGGCCAACCGCCCGCGGCCCCCAGACCAGAGGCCAAACCUGAGCUGCGCGGCCGGGCGGGUGGGAAGGGCAAGAAGGAGAAGGAGAAGGCGGCUGAUGAGCGGGGCAAGAGCUUCGAGGUGCAGCCAGAGGAGGUGGAUGAGCUGCCGACGGUGGUCGGGUUCGAGUUGGCCAUGCUGGCCGCCAUCCUGUUCUCGCACCGGUGCAUACGGCUGCAGAAGAAGAAACAGGACCGCGUCAGGUGAGGGGAACGGACGGCUGCGGACAACGAAGCCGAGCACUGCACUGACGGGGAUGGCGCUGCGCUUCUGUGGUUUGCUGUCCUGUAUGUGUCAGGUAUCAGCGCUUGCAGAACAUCAUGUCGACCUAAGACACCUACCUGGUGAUGAUGCGAUCAUUUUGACAGAGAUGCGACUGUCUGGCUGUCUGCCGAGGCUGAGUGAUACGCUGACUCGAAUUCAUUCACCUGUGGUGUGGUGUAUGUCUAUCAUGACAAUUUGUCUGUAUGUGGGUAUCUUCUUUUUCGUGACGACGCGAACAUACAUGAGAUCUGGCUGGCUACUUACGCGGACUGACUUGUCAAUCAAACCUCUGCCCG